CGGCCCUCCUCCCUCCCCCGCUUCGCCCCGCCACUGGCCUCCGGUCUCUUCAUCCCCACUUCUCUCUUUCCCUCCCCCUGCUUCCCCUCUCGCCGCCCUCUUUCCUCCGUCGCGUGCUGUGGUGCCACCUUGGACCGCUCGCGGCCUGCUGCCUUCCGAUGUUCCCUGGGAGGCGCCAUCCCUCCGCGGGGGGGGCUCCGUCGCCUUCGGCGGCCUGGUCGCCCCGAGUGCGCCUUUCACGCCUGGCGACCGGGCCCGCCAGCCUGGUGGCCAUCUUCGCCCUGGUGCUGCUGAGUGGCGCCCUCUUCUUUCGAUGCUCUUUCACCAGCACCGGCUCGGUGACAUCGCAGGUGCCGGCCUCCCCCUCCGAGGAGGCGGGCUUGCCAGUCAUCGAUGUGGUGUACACCUGGGUGAAUGGCAGCGACCCGGCGCAUCGGCAAUCCCUUCGGGAAACACGCGCCCUCCUGCUGGGAGCCACCGAACAGGAGGAGCAAAAGGAGGACGGGAACCGCUUCACCGACCACGAGGAGCUGCGCUUCUCCCUGCGCUCGAUCGAGCGCUUUGCGCCCUGGGUACGCACGGUGCGUUUGGUGACCAACGGCCAGGUCCCUCACUGGCUCGACACCACAAAUCCCCGGCUGCGAGUGGUCACGCACGAGGAGAUCUUCCGCAGCCCGGAGCACCUGCCGACAUUCAGCUCCCCCGCCAUCGAGGCCAACCUCCACCGGAUCCCAGGGCUUUCGGAGCACUUCCUCUACCUCAAUGACGACGUGCACUUUGGCGAUGAGGUCUUCCCGGAUGACUUCCUGACCGAGUCGCGCGGCCAGCGGGUCUUCCUCACCUGGCCGAUUCCCAACUGUGCAAGCGGCUGCCCGCAUCUGUGGCUCGGCGAUGGGACCUGCCAGCCGCAGUGCAAUGUGGCCCGGUGCAACUUCGACGCGGGCGACUGCCUGAAGGGACACCCGAGCCCGGCGCCGGCGCCCCUGGCCGAGGGGUAUCGCACGCGUGACGCCUUCGGCGACUCGCUGGCCUUCGUCAAUGUCCGCCUGUCGCAGGUGUAUGGGCCCAAGAUCCGCCGGGCCGUGGCGCACAUGCCGCACCUGAUCGAUCGGCGUGUGAUGGCCGAUCUGCAGACCGUCUUUCGCGACGAGUUCGACCAGACCUCCUCGCACCAGCUCCGCCACGCGAAGGACAUGCAGUUUGCCUUCGCCUACUUCUACUUCCUGAUGGAGCACACCCGUCCACCGAAGGAGGUGGCCGACGAGCUGAUCCGCCAGAUCGCCGCCUCGGGCCACCGCUUCCUCACUGUUGAUGAUAUGUACCGGAUUUUGCAGAUCCUGGCCCCGUCGGCCGCGGCCGACCGCGACAUCCGGCCUCUGGUGGCCAUGUUGCACCAAUGCUCGGCCAGCAGCCCGGGCGAGGACCCCGGCGAUCGGCUGGCCUUCCUUGCCGCGCCUCCCGGUGACUCGCAGUCCCUGAGCCGGGAGCAACUUUUGGCCAUGGCCGGGCCCCGGCCCCAUGAGGCGCCAAAUGCUCUGGCCUACUUCUGGAGAAGCCCGCCGGAGGCCCUGGCGUGGCCGCCGGUUCCGGUGGCUGCGCUCCCGGACUGCCCGGCCUUUCGCGAGCGCCUGGCCAAGUCCAUCGGCAAGACCCGCAAGUACAAGCAUGAGUCCGCACCGGAGAAGGACGUCUUUUUCUACAUGGUCAACAACAACCUGGAUAAACUCCGCGAGUCCCUGGACUCGCUGUCCUUCUCUCCGCGCAAAUUCGUGUGCCUGAAUGACGACCUGGAUGCCGGGGCGCCCGGCUACGAGGAGGCCAUUGGCAUGCUUCGCCGGUACUACGAGCGCAUGUUCCCCGAGCCAUCGUCGUUUGAGCUUGGGCCGCACCGCCGUGUGGUGCCCGGCUCGGCCUCGCCAGCGCCAGCCCCGGCGCCUGGCGGCCCUGCUCUGCCGCCCAGCAUUUUUUCCAUUCUCACCCUGGUGGUGGUCUUCUCGGCCAUCGGAGUGGUGGUGGUCCGGCUGGUCCGGCGUCCAGCCGCCUUGGCCGCCUCACUCCUGCCCCUGGCCGGCGGCGGCCCGACUGACCCUCGCAGUGCCUAGCAGCCCCCCAUCCCACGGCUGGCGCGCGGACGGACAAGCCGGCAUCCCCCC